CAGCAUCUCUGACUUCCAGCAUCGAACCUGGCCCUACGCUCCGCGAGUAUCUCAUAGCCGACUACCAUACUCACCGCCAAUUACAAUCUCUGUGUGCCUUCGCAUUUGCUUGCCUUGGCGCGUGUGCACGCAGCUCCGCGGUGGAGGUCGAGGUCUGGUCUGAGCUCCCUUCUCGAAGCCUCUUCGGCGAAUCGGGACCAAAGGCUAUUGUCUGACCUCGCACUGUCCUGUCACAGGUGGUAUUGCACCGCUCGAGGCACCGACGCGGGCCGUAGACGUCCAGUGGCACGCGACAACCACCAUGUGGUGCUAGCAACCGUCGAACACCGGGAACGCCAUCGUCGCGCUCAUGCGCACGCACCGAGCUGACAAUCGCAUACCAUGACACGCGAAGGAAGCGGCGGCGCAUCAUCACCGCGAGUCCACUCCUUCCUGCCCGACCAAGUCUAUGGCCAGCGAUCGAAGCACCCACAGCCUGCCAGCAUCAGCAUAGAGCCCGCAACGAACACACCGGCGAGCAACAAGUCUGCUCCCGCUGCAGCCUUCAGGCCGACAACGCCAGCUUCUUCGCCUACUCCGCAGCCGCGCGCACAACAGAAUGGCAGCAGCGAGUACCCUAACGGCGGUGGAAAUCACAAGACUCGGGUGGAGGAAGACGAGGAUGAUUCGGACGACGACGAUGAGGAUCGGGGGCUGCAGCUGUCCGUGAACGCUCAAAGACCGGCCGCGUCUAGACCGACACUGUCCCGAGCGAGGAGCGACUUUGGCUCAGGCACGAAUCACCACCAUAACGGACACGCCAAUGGCAAGUUGCCUGGUGAGAAGAAAAAACAUGGGGAAAAUAUGAGACACGGCUGGGAGGCGCAGCUACAAAAUGAAGAGGCCGCGAAGAACCUGAGUGAGAAUUUCUUCAUGUAUUAUGAGGACAAGCGGCACGAGACUGCUGGCAAUCUGCCACCCGACUUCGACGCGAAGAACAUGGUCACGGAGUGGCGCAUGAAGGAUCGGCUCAAGACGGUCUCUGCUCUGCUGGCCGUCUGCCUGAAUGUGGGAGUUGAUCCACCAGACGUGAUCAAGACGAAUCCAUGCGCACGACUGGAGUGCUGGGUGGAUCCUGUGCCUCAAGACAGCUCGAAUCAGACGUCAAACACCACGAAUGCCCAGAUUGGAAAGAACUUGCAGGCGCAAUAUGAGAAUCUGUCUCUCCGCACGCGCUAUAAAAGUGUCAUGGACCCGACGAUAGAGGAGCUGAAGAAGAACACCGUAUCACUGCGAAGGAGCGCUCAUGCGGAACGGAUACUAUUCCACUAUAACGGGCAUGGUGUUCCCAAGCCGACCCAAAGCGGCGAGGUAUGGUGCUUCAAUCGAAGCUACACACAGUACAUUCCCAUUAGUCUCUUUGACUUGCAAGAAUGGGUGGGCGCUCCCGGGCUGUGGGUGUGGGAUUGUAGUGCAGCUGGCGGCAUCAUCCAGGGCUUCUUGGAGGGCGCGCAAAAGCACAAUGUCACCCAGCAGGAGGCGAUGAAGCGAGAUCCGAACAGAGCACAGCAACAGCCACUCGUAAAGUGGGAGGAUUGCAUCCACCUUGCAGCAUGUCGAGAGAGUGAGGUGCUACCCACCAAUCCGGAUCUACCAGCCGAUCUGUUCACAUCAUGUCUGACUACGCCCAUCAUGAUGGCUGUGCGCUUCUUCAUUCUGCAGAAUCCACUAGGCUCGACUUUUGGUGUCAAUCUCGAGCAAGCGCGAAAUAUUCCUGGAAAGGUCAGUGAGCGUAGAACGCCCCUGGGAGAGUUGAACUGGAUAUUUACGGCCAUUACGGACACCAUUGCGUGGAACUGUCUCGAGAAGCCGCUGUUUAAGAAGCUCUUCCGACAAGAUCUCAUGGUCGCUGCCCUGUUCCGCAAUUUUCUUCUCGCGCAGCGGGUGAUGCGAAGAUACCACUGUCACCCACAGUCCUAUCCCAAAAUCCCUGACACGCACGAUCACCCGCUGUGGCGAAGCUGGGAUCUCGCUGUGGAGAUGAUCUUGUCUCAACUCCCAAGCUUGAUCGAUCAGCAGAAGGCGCAUGAGGCUGCCAUAGAGGCUCUCCCACAGACUGGACACGGAGGUGGCCCACCCGCGCAGAUGCCGGAGCUCGACUACAAACACUCCGACUUCUUCGCGGAUCAGCUCUCUGCAUUCGAGGUCUACCUUACUGCAGCGCCGAGCAAUCCUAGUGUCGCCGGCUAUGCGAAGCCACCCGAGCAAUUGCCCAUCGUUCUGCAGGUCCUGCUCUCCCAAGUCCACAGAUUACGAGCACUCGUCCUGUUGUCAAAGUUCCUCGAUCUUGGUCCAUGGGCGGUCAACCUAGCAUUAAGCAUAGGAAUCUUUCCCUACGUGUUGAAGCUCCUGCAGUCUCAGGCGAUGGAGUUGAAAGCGCCCAUGGUGUUCAUCUGGGCGCGCAUACUGGCUGUGGACCAAAGCUGUCAAACAGAUCUGCUCAAAGACCAAGGCUAUGCAUACUUUACUAAUAUACUGAACGCCACGAACGGUAUUCCGAUCGGCAACGUCGCGGAACAUCGCGCCAUGUGCGUUUUUGUCAUUGCAAUGUUCUGCAAGGACUUCAAGCAAGGCAAGGCGGCAGUCCUCGACAGCAACCCAGAAGUGAUCGAGCAGUGCAUCGGCCACCUACAUGAUAUGGAAAACCCUCUCCUUCGGCAAUUUAGCUUGUUGUGUUUGAGCAACUUAUGUCGCGACUUCUCCAAUGCGAAAGAGGCUUUCAUCGCGCAUGCGGCGCAUGAGCGGAUAUGUGACCGAAGCCACGAUCCUGUCCCGGAAGUGCGGACAGCUAUGCUCAACGCAUUGACGAGCUUCAUUGCCACGGGCGAUAUCGAUGGCGACAUUUUGGACCUGGAAGAGGUUCUUGUCGGCGUCAUCAUCAGCAUGGGUAUGGAUGGCUCCAUCAUGGUACGGAAGGAGCUGACGGUAUUCUAUUCCGAGUAUGUGAAGAAGUACUUGAAGCGCUUCUUGUGUGCUGCAUUCGAGCAGCUGCAAGAGGAGCAAGAUAAGCGCAGUGGAAGAGAGCAAGCUGCAGACGACUUCAUCGCCAUGCAAAAGGAGUCUAGCAUUGAUACAUUGACCUUGUCGGGACCUGGGAACCCACUCCUCAGUGGUAUACGCUCUGCCCAUCAUCGCAGUGUCUCAGCUGCUGCUGCCGAUGACCGCGACUCACGGGCUGCAAAGGCCGUGCCGCGACAGUCAAACUCACUGGGAACGGUAUACCGUGCAGUAUGGCGACAGGUGAUGAGCUUAUCCACGGACCCGCAUCCCGAAGUCGCGCGCAAUGCGGGUAUCAUCGUGGACAGUGUGCUGGAAGCUUUGUUGGACUGCCCUCUUGGGCAAGCUGCUGAAGCAAUACUUGAAGCACUUGAACGCAGAUCCACAAUGGAGAACUCCAGUACUGGUGCUGCAGUCCAGCCUUUGAGCAGAGUACAUGCAGUUGGACAUGGUCCGCGACCUGAUACGCCGCCGAGCCCCUCUGCAUCAUCGAUAUCUUCCAAGGCCGAUGGAUACUUCGCUCUGUCGAGGACGGCCAGUGUCGCUCAAGCACUGGGAAAGUUGGUCGGUUGGGGUCCCAAGACAUCAGGGGAAGCAUCUACUCCUGGCUCGCCGACGCACAAGCGACGCGGCUCUGGCUUCGAUGUCACUACGCCGUAUCGAUCGAGACCACUCACUCCUCACGAUGCUUCUAUGCUCCCACCAGAUGCAUUAGAUAACAUUCCCGGUCCGGCCCAUCAGCCUCCGGCCAAAAUCCCUCCCACUCCAUACUUUCAAGGCCGCGAUAUUUCCGAACUCCCUGAGCUUCCCUUGAAGUCAACAUUCUUUGACUGGUCAGCUUCGUACUUCCGGGAGCCACAAAUGCGUCCUUCCGAGGCGGAUGAACCUGGGUCCAGGGACUACAACGAACGGCUUUGGCGGCGAAAUCGCAAUGACAAGAUAAUUGCCUCCACCCAGCCACUCAAGGAAGCUGCUGGGUCACAGAGCUGGGACAAGCCAUGUGGGUACUUUGGCAUUGGCGCAGCGCCCGUGAAGAUGGUAUUCCAUCAAUUCGAGAACCACUUAGUGACCAGCGACGAUCGGGACAGCAUUGCCGUGUGGGACUGGAAGGAAGAAAAACAGCUUGCACGAUUCAGCAAUGGCAAUCCGAGGAACAGUCGCGUCACAGAAUUGCGAUUCAUUAACGAGGAUGAUAUCGCCAUGCUCAUGGUUGGUUCCAGUGACGGGGUGAUCAAGAUCUACAGAGAUUAUGAUCACCUGAAGAAAAUCACUCAGGUUUCUUCCUUUCGAGCACUCAACGAUCUCGUCCCCAGCACAGGCGGGACUUCCGGUUUAGUCUUCGAUUGGCAACAAGGCCAAGGCAAAGCUCUCGUGGCAGGAGACGAUCGCGUUGUUCGCGUCUGGCAAGUCGGGCAGGAACUUUGUGUCAAUGACAUCCACACUCGAUCGAGUGCUUGCAUCACGAGUCUUACCUCAGAUCAAGUCGAAGGCAAUGUGUUCGUUGCAGGGUUCGGCAACGGUUCAGUCAAAGCUUAUGAUCAACGUCGACCCAACGCCGAGACUAUGCUCCUUGGCUGGAAGGAACACUCGUCCUGGGUGGUCGGGGUUCAUCUCCAGCGAGGCGGCAUGCGAGAGCUCAUCUCCGCAGAGUCGAAUGGCGGAAUUCGUCUUUGGGAUCUGCGGUAUGCGAGGAGCUCUGUGAACAAAAUCGACUCCGGCAGAGGCCGGGAACCGAGAAUUCUGCGCACCUUGUCUGUCCACGAACACGCUCCUGUCUUUGCUACGGGAGGUAAGGAUCAUACGAUACGAGUCUACAACACGAAGCUCCAGGCGCUGAGUAAGUUUGAACCGUACAUGUCGUAUCUCCGAGUUGGACUGGGAGCUGCCGCAAGGAAUGCUCCCAUCACUGCUACAGCCUUCCAUCCACACCGUAUGAUGUUGGCAUGUGGCGCUGUCAACGACGGGCAUGUCAACCUAUUCCGAUGUGACAUUGAAGACGAGAAGAUGAGAAAUGGCGAUGGAAUUGUGGAAGAAUGGCCCCCUGCUGGCACGAUUACGAGUAGUGGAAGUGGGUUUACGACGCCUACUUUGAAAAUGUAGGAUGCCUCCUAUUUUGGGCGUCAAAGAAGAGGCCGUCAGUGCCUGAGCGCAAGCUCGAUGACUUGAUGAUCGUCAGACAUGGGUACCCACCAGGCGUCUGCGACCCGAGGGACGAGACAGCAGCGGAGAGUGAGAAGGGAUCGAAGGACGUACAUAAAGACGAAUGGGUGGGCGGCAGACUUUUGUUUUACGCCCCGGAUAAAUUUUAGCACGGCGUUCAGGGAAGAGGGGCGGAGAAUCUUGAUAAUGAAGCUUCAGCGUUGUUAUUUGUACCUACGCAUGCAUAGCAUGGGGAGGAGGCUUAGCACAGCAAAUCUUUUUUUUUUACUUCUUGUUUUUUGGAACUUGUACGAAUGCACAGCCUGGGUCUGUGGGUGGUAGUGGUAGUGGGAUGGAAAAAGGUCAGCUGAUAUCAUCGUCACACAAUGAUGGGUCGGUUAAUUCUUUUCCUUUUUUUCGAUAAUGAUGAUGAUGAUGUAGCAGUAGCGGUAGGAGGUAGCAGUAAGGUAGCAGCGGUAGCAUUAC